AUGGACAGAGGCUACUCACGGGCUAGUGGCCGUGGGGGGCGGGCGUCAGCGACCCGCAGGGGGCAUGAAAGAGGAACUCACCACAAGCCCUACUCUGCCAGGUGCGCCGGGUCUCGUAACGAGUGUCCCAGAGGCAGACGCUCCUACCAUUCAACGAAGUGGCCUGGAGCCUCAUGCUCGCGCUGCCCUGCUGCUACAGACUCUCGACACCACACGACUGCGGCUGCGCCUCCAGGCGCUGCGAAAGAGAAAUUGGCGAGUUUUUCACCCUCUCCCUUGUCAGCUCGAUUUGCCUCUCCGUCUGCGAAACCUGAGUCCUGCUGCGGACGGAUAGGGCAGUGCGCUCGACUGGCGCCGGUGGACAAAAAGGAUGGAGCGGGCAGUUCAAGUGGUCCUGUCGGACCUCAGCUUACACCAGUUAACCAGAGAGUGGAAGUCGUUCUUCCGGGCCAAGAGCAUCGCGGCCGCCGAUACUUGGGCUUUCUGGUGGACGUCAAUGCAGCAACGAACGAGGCGUAUAUACAGUUUAGCGGGAGUGCCUGUCCUCCGUGGAGCUCCUCAAGCGGAUCCGCACCCGUUCACCCUUGUCCACGCGGAACCCCUUUACCAGAUCUUGGCGCGUCCGCCUCGCCGACGCUGGAUGCAGUACCCUUUACAUCGCAGCAGACGCCUAGCUUCAACAGUAGUGUGCGCGACACAGACCAGAGCGAAAAACAACUGGGCGCCUUUUUUUCCGCGAUCCGGGCGGCCCUGACGCCUGCCGUCCAGGCGCCUCAGAAGCACGCUUUUCUUCCUUUUUGGAUAUCUGCCUCUUACGUGACGCUAGCGGGAUCCCGGUUCCGCGCCAAGGCAGAAGAGGUGACCAAGGAAAAGAAACGUGCUGCCUCUUUUCCGCAAGAGGGAGGCGAUAGGGACGGCGAAGAACUCAGAGAUCAGCCCAGAAGUUUGCCAGCCACCGAUGGCGCUUCAUCAGGUGAAGUAGACUCAUCUGCGAAGACAGAAAAACGAUGGAAACCUGGCGACCUUACAGAGGUGUUUCGACCGAGUACGCCGUCCACACCCGCCCAUUUCGCCACGGCACGAAUUCUUUCUUGUCUACCAGCGGGAGCAAGCGCCUCGCGCCUGUCUCCAUCUCAUUCUCAGCGCGACAGCCAGCCUGGAGAGACGACUGCGCCGCCAGAGGAUUGCCCCCAUCUUGGACGCGACCCAGUUUCAGUUCCACCUUCGCCUCGUCACUUCCGCGUUCGUCUGCUUUCUCAACCACCCGUUGAGGUCACUGUACUGAGCACAUGCCUGAGAGAUGUAAGACACGACAAGAGCCCAGCAGAGGCAAAGCUGCCUGGCGCGGCUUCAUCUUCGCCAGACCCUGCAGCAGUUGACACAGAGAUCUCCGCUCGCGUCCACAACACUCUUGCUGAGGACGGCGUGCGGUGCCCAAGCAACCCGCUUGCGGACGUACCCCUCUCCGCUCUUCUUCCGUCCCUGUGCCGCGAGAGCGUGCCGGUCCCCGUAGAAACUGUCCGCUGGCUUGUCGCCAUGUGCGCCUCUGAGAGGAGUGACUGGAAGCAAGCGCUGAAGGGAAGCGCGUCAGACACUGGCACGUCGCCCUGUCACUCUGCCGAAGGGCCGCUGAACGAAGACGGUGUCAAAGAGGCGAUCGCCAUGGUUGUGCAGGCUCUGAGGGGGCGAGAUCCAGCGGCGGACGGGGCGUGCGGGGGAGAGGAGGCGGGCGAAACCACGGAAGCUCCAGAGCAGAAGCGAGAUGAAAGUUCAUGCACUCAGGGGCUGGUGGCCGUCACGGUCUUGAUGGAGACCACUGGAGGGACAAUGAAUGACGAUGACAACGACCAGGCUGAAUCACGCAGUCUCGGCGCGGCCUUGCAGACAGCUGAGGUUGACACGCAAGACGACAGCUCCGACCGCCGAGACAGUUGCACAGGUGGAUUUCUGGACGUUGACCAGCAUACGCCUCCUCGUGUGCCUUCCUCGUCUUCUCUUUCGGAAGACGCGCGAUCGCCGCCGUGCCAGCCCCGUUCCUGCAGCGCUACGCCGCCUCUUUUUUUCCACUCUCCUGAGCCCUAUCCCGACGUUCGCCGUCCCUCUCCCGCCCAGCCGCUCCAGCCGCGCUCCUCCGCUUUUGCAGAUGGGGCCCUCUCUGAGGCUGCCGUCCUCUCGGCGGCGGGCGAGACCCCUUCACUUCCAGAGACCUCGGAGUUGACCCCAGACGGCGCCGCCUGCGAUGCAGCCUCGCCGGAGAGCCCAGGGACAGGUGAGAUGCCUGGAUCGGGUUCCUCAGGAGAAAGCGGAGGAAGUGCGUUGUCGCGGGAAGGUGCGUCGAGUCGGGAAAGCUUGCCCUCCGUAGGAUCAAGCAGCCGCAGGAGCACCGCAAGCGACACAGAGCCUGCGAGGACAAGGUGUUGCGGGUGCGGCGAAAGGGACCCUGCAGCCGACAGGGAGGACGGCGUGGACGAACUCGACAACGACUCAGAGGCACGCCCCUUUAAGAGACAGUCUCAGGGGAAAGACGAACGCGAGAAUAGAACAGAACUUCAAGAGGCAGCAGCAGACGAAGCGGAAGCCAGAUCUCAGUCCGAGGGCGGCCCAGGGGGCUCUGUUGCGAGCGCAGACGCAGCAGAGGAGACACCAGAAGAAGAAGAAGGCCACACAGGGUUUCCCUCCCAGGCGCGAAAACACAGUGCGUCAUCUCUUUCAGCCGCCGCGCUCAGCGGAGACGAAGCGAAAGACCCCAUUUCAGCAAACGCGAUGCAGACUUCCCACCCCUCGUGCCUUGAGAAUAAAGAAAAACGCGCGGGCGAGGCGACCACGAGCUUCUUUCUACCGUUGACGUCGUCGCCUGGCAAGCAAGCUGAACGCGCUGAAGGAGACCUCCACCAGGGGCAGCAUAGGGACGACGAGGAGCUGGGUGGGCAAGUUGUCCUUCUAGGGUUCGAUAAAUCGACGCUGGAGAGACUGAAGGCACUUCUGAAAUGCGCGAUGAAGCGGGACGAGCAGGGACCGCUUUUCCACGAAAGAAGGGAGAGAAGGCUGAAGUUUCUUGAAGAAAGGACCGCCAGCUGCGUUGCCUCCUGCAUUGAGUACAAGGCGAAGGAGACUGUCGGACUCAUCAUCGGCAGACAAGGCGAAAGACUGGAAAAACUCGCAAAGAGAUUCCAGGUUGAAAUACGCGUUUUUCCUCAAGAAGAAGAUGGAGCUACGCGGCGCGUGCGCAUCUACGGGUCGUCGCGGCAGGCGGUUGAGGACGCGCUGGCGGAGAUUCAGUUCCUCUCUGCAAAGUACUUUUUGUAUCCUGCUUCGUAUGUUAACCGAGGCUCGCCGGGAUCUGGAGAGUGUUCAGAGGCGGAAGGGCGAGGAGGAGCGCUGGAUGCGUCCGGCUUGGGAGGCACUGUGAUCCCAUGUCCUUCUGACAGGGCUGAGAAAGGCACGCACAGCAGCAAGGUGGGAGACGACGGCCAUUUCCGCGAAACGGCACAUUCCUACUCGCCCACGUUCUUCGCACCCGUGGGGACGCAGCGCAGCAAGUGUUCCUCCAGCCGUUCGCGGCAGGCGCGGAGCCACGAGGCAGAAGCUGAAAGAGAGAGAGAUGAGGCGGCGGAAGUGAGCCUCAUUGAAAGGCAGGUAGCCACGCUGAAAAAGGAGAUGGGGAGCAAGUCGCCCUUUCUGCGCCAGGUAACUGCGACAGCCGGACUCCUCGAGGCCUGGUUUGACGAAGCGUCCUCUGCCGUUGUUCUCUUCGGGCUCCGCAAGCAUAUCUCCGCUGCGGUCGGCCUCCUCGAUGCACACGUGACCCGACUGCUUCAUCAGCGCCCUUCUGGGCGCACUUCGUCUUCAUCACUGGGUUGCUCGCUACCUCACGACACCCCAUCAUCUGCUUCCGCUCCGUCUUCGGGAACCUCUUCGCGAAAGUCAGUGCCCACCAGCGCGUGUGGCAGACGCGCGGCAUGCAGCGCCGCCUUCUCUCCAGCGCCGUUCGGAGCCCCCUCGCAAGCUCCUCGAGCAGGCUUUCCAUUGCCCUCUUCCUGCGCUAGAGGGACUAGAGCUAGCUCAGUUCGCUCUGCUGCGUCGAGUGCGUCAUCACCUCGUCAUCAGUUGGCGGCACAGGCGCGGUGCGCUCACUACACCGGAGAAGUGGGAGACUGCAGAAGCUCAGUCACGGCUUCGCCGCCGCCCAAACCGUGCUUUUUCCAUUCCUCCUCGGACUUCCUUUAUCCUUCCUUGCCACCCUUUGCGACUCGGGAUGCCUUUUCUGUAUGCUCUUCGUCGCCCUUCUUUCAGCCGUCACCAGAGAGUGGAACCACGAGAACGACAAGAGCUGUAUCACCACUGACAUCCGCCUCUUCUUAUAUCCCUUCUACGUCGCCUAACUCUUCGUGCCUGUCGGCUGCUGCCGUCGCUGCGUCCGCGUCUUCGAAUGCAACGGGGAGGAGCUGCUUCGCACACAACCACCCGUCCGUUGAGUUUUCUGCCUCACAAGACUGGGCCGCUUGCAGCUCUUUUUCGGACGAGUACGAGAAAGGGCAACAAGAACUGUCUCGGAGCAUGGGACCACUGCCACUGUGCUCUGAGAACAUGAAUCAGGCCACGCGGCAGCUGCUUCAACACUUUUGCAAGGCCCUUGCAACACCACAACAUACUCCGCCUCCUCGCUCCAUGGCCUCCUCCCCCAUCCCGACAUCCUCUUCGCUGUUUUCUGUCCAGCCUUCUCCCGUCUGCGGUUCUCUGCAGGAUAUGUGCCCGUCGCGACGAGCGGCGCACGAAGACCUGCACCGAUGUGCUUUUCCUGGCGCGAACUGCGCGAACAAAUGCAGAAAAAGUGACCGCGAAGACCCUCUUUCACGGGGUGGAACCAAGACUGCCUCUUUUGCAGAUCCCUGUCGCCCCUGUCUCGCGUCUCGAGACAGCGUGCUUGUUAGAAACUCCUGCGGAUCCGACAACAGCGGAGACUUCAACGGCCUACUGUCCCAGACCGUCGGGAGUGAGCAGACGCAGUGCAGGAAACAGGAUGGCGAGAAGCCGCGCGAGCCUUGCGUCCCCUGCAAGGCAGCCAGCAAUUCGCUUAGCUCAGGUCAGAAAAGAGAGGACAGCUACUUUUUGGAGCCAAAGCUGCUUCUGCCGGGUAGCGGCGAGACGAGCGACAGAACCAGUGAGGAGCUCCUGCACGCACAGCGGAACGAGGAUGCUUUCAGAGGGAACCAAACAGCUGUGCAAGGAGCGGGCGGAGGCGUCUCGCGGCCCGAUGAGCUGCGCUCUUCGAAAGAAGCAGAAAUUCUUCUUUCACAUCUCUGGAACCUGAAAGCGAUACUGAGCAAAGAGUCACGCGACCGGACUAACUCGUCAAGGCCCCCCCAGACUACCUCCCAGCUGGGAUCGCCGUCAGAACCUCUCACGGAAGACUGCAUCGCUCGUCUGAGAACGUACCUAGCGAAUGCACUGGCUGCGACUCCGCCGGGACUCGCAGGCGACGCUGCCGGCGGACGCCACAUGUCGCCCGCAUCCGGGCCUUCAGCGCCUGUGGGCGAUUCGCACCAUCAGGAAGAGGGGCUGCGGUUUGGAGGCAGACCGCCUCCAUGCCACUGCUCCACAAAUGAAGAACGCCGUCUCUCCUCUGUAGCUGGGCCGUUCGCUGGUUACAUGCAGGGCGGGUAUCCACUCAACACGGGAAUACCGUCAAUCUCAAGAACUUUCGCUGCAGCCCAGAGGCAGGCGGAUCAUGGCGGUUGCGUGGCGGACAGGAGGUCGCUGCCUACUCCUGCCGCCCCCGAAGUCCUUCUCGGGCAGGCCCUCCAACCGACGGAGCCCCUUUGGUUUGGCGUGCCCUCGCAAGUUGACAAGGAUGCGGCGGCCUCAGAGCAAAGAGACGACGCGCCGAGCGAAGACGCGGGCUCUCCAGGCGAAUGCUGUAAACUUUUGCCUGGUGCAGGUGCGCCGCAGAUGGAAUCCGAACCUGGGGACGUUGCUGGCUCUGACUCACCUCGUGGGGCCGACAAGACUGAGAACUCAGAGGACUCUUCCCAAGCUAGUCAGCUGCUGGGAGAGUGCGCAGCAGAGCGGAAAGCGAACGAGCAGUCUGGGCAGAAACGAGGCCCAGCAGCACAGCGGGAAGCUAUUUCGCUGCCCGCGUGUUUUCCGGUGGCGUCACAAAGUGUCCAAGGUAAAAAAUCACGCGCAUGCUCAAGCAAAUGCGGAAUGCGAGACGGGACACGCGAGGCAAACGUGGAAGAGCAGGUAGGUGAGGACGUCCGACAAAAAGAAGGCGAAGACAGUCCGUCGUCAACUACACAAGCGCCGCGUUCUGGCCUGCCGUCAGUGCGGGAUCCCAUCUCUCGUGCUUCGUCGUCGUCAUCCUCCAGUAACACCACCCCUUUCGCGUGCUCCUGUUCUUCCUUUUCCACGUGCGGCUCCAGCUGCCCAGAUCUGCUGAAACUAGAGAAAGCUAUCAGCUUGUCAAAGGCGAAGGGAUCAGCUGGAUCCAGGCGGUUGCAACAAGGCAGAGGAGGCCUCCAAAAGCGCAAGCGGGAUGCGGGGGUGACAGAGGGGAAGGGCAGCGACGGCUGUACGCCGUGCCACAGUUCAACGACCUAA